CGGCUUUGUCUCCCCAGUGGCGGUGUUUACACGCGGGAGCAGUCGACAGGGUCACGCAUGCCCACAAAGACAUCAAACCGCGCAUCCCCCUCUCUCUUCGCCAUCCCCCGCCUCCCAUGUAGCCAGCAUGGGCUACAGGAGAACACAUACUGUGAGUGAGAGAGCCGUACACGCACAGCGAGUGUAAUCACUACAGGUCGUCGUGCGGAGCGCGUUGAGGAAUUUGCUGAAUUAAUCGUGCGAAGUGGACAGCGUCAGUAAAGUUACCAAAAGGGAAGUGAAAGUUGCUGACAGUUUCGUGGGUUUUUUCCUCAUGCUGCUGCUGCAGCUGCUGUGUUGUCUAUGUCAUUAAGUGCGGCUCGCUGCUGCUGCUGCAUCGUCAACACCGCGGGUCGUUUGCAUCACAGCGACCACGAGGAAGUGCACGGUCUUUAUCUUCACGCGCCUGCGGAUUUCUCGGAACGCAGCAGAGCCGUCGGACGGACAUUCACCUUGAGCGGCGGUCGCCGUCAACAGCAGCAGACAGCAGCAGCCGCGCCAUGGAUGCGUCGCUCGGCAUUUAAACCACAGCAGAAUGAACGAGUGAAUGAUCGGUGCCGUCGCCGCAAUAUAGCGGGCUAGAAAUGUGAUAAAGCCCAACCCGCCGUGUCAGAAGCAUGGAGGCCUCGCAGGGAGCCGUGAAGACCGUGCCCAGGAGUUCAGUGGAGAGCAAAUACCAUGACGAGUUGAAGCCGGCUCGCCAGUCUCCCCGCAGCUGUUGCGCUUGGGCGGCCCUGAAGCGCGCAUUGUGCUGCGGCUGCUGUGCGGGCUCCGAGCCGGACGACGCCGAGCAGUCGGGCGGCUCGGCAGAGACAGACGCUCAGCCGUUCGCCCUCGCUGCCUCCAGUGACGCCAAAAGAGAGAGCGCCGUUGCUGCUUCUACUGCAGCAGCGAAGCAGCAGCAACAGCAGCAGGCCACCUUGAACGAGAUGCACGGUGCCACGUGGAGCUUUGACGCAGAGGCGGUGUUGGCCCACGAGCAGCUGCACAAGGAAGCCUUCGACGGAGGGACGGCGCCUUCCAAGGGGCAGACGACGACGCUCAAUCCGUACGGCAACGGCGGGGUGGAGGCAGGGGACGUCCAGCUCCUGCAGGAGGGCUCCGACAGCGAAACGUCGAUGAGCGACGAAAGGCGGCCCCUGGGUGCCGUCCGCGAGGCCGACGACGACGCGGCGGAGGCGGGGGACGACCCUCGGCCGGUGCGGCCGGGGUCGAGGCCUCACGCCAGGCUGUCGUCCGUGCAGGUGGAGUACGAUGACGUGACCAUCGCGGCACACUCGCCGCCGCCGCCGACGCCGAGGGACCCCGGCCACCCGCACGGCGCCCCGUGGGAGCCGCGCGCGGCCGAGUUCGCUGCGGGCGUGGGGGACAACUGCCUGCAGACGGCGGCCAACUUGGCUGACAUCCUCCAGAGAGACGACAGCGCGAGGAGUCGCGACAACCACCACCACCACAACCACCGACACCCCAACAACAACAACAACAACAGCCAGCAGCAGCAGAAUAACAACAACAAGCGGAGCAGGCUGCAGUCGCGAGACCUGGAAGCCGAGUUGGAUCGGAAGGUCUCGCAGCUGCUGAAGAAACACCAAGUGGACCUCCUGCAGACCUACUCGCCCAGCAACGUGAUGGACAUCAUGGCGCGCCACUUUCGCUUCUCGCAGGAGGUGAGCGAGCUGAGCGAGCUGGGCUUGCACGAGGUGAGCGCCGGCCUGGCGGAGAUCAGCCGAGAGGUGUGCGAGGACAUGAGCUGUCCUGAGGACGAGGCCAGGGAGCUGGUGAGGAGCAGCGUCCGCAGGGUCUCCUCCAAGCGCUCGGGGGCCCUGAGUUCGCCGACCUUCCAGGUGUCGCAGGAGGACAGCGGUGACGAGGCGCUGAGGCUGGGGCACCUGGUGGCCCAGGGGGACGAGUGCUGAGGACGGGCGGGACGUGCCGAGGCGACGCUGCUGCCGCCGCGCCGCUGCUGCUGGCGAUGAUGAUCCCAGAAGAUUCUUAUUUAAAUCAUCGGUUGAAACAUGAAGACAACUGCCACGGCAAAGACAAUGGUCGGGUUGAACCUGUGAUAAUAUCUCUCAAGUGCGAAAGACACAUUCGACGGCAAAAAAAAGCAUCAAGACGCCAACACAAUUCUUCACUCAAUUCCGACAUCGACCGACGAGCGCUUAGCACUGACGCUUUCAUCCUUCCUAGCGCACACUGAGAGAAGCCUCCGUCAUCCUUCCGCCCUUGAUGACUCCAGCUUUUGGCUGGACACCUACUGCGGAGAGCUGAGCCACUCCCUAGCACAUCGGGUUCUUCCAGCCUCAGGAAAACGAAUUCUGUCCCACGGGGGGACGCAGUUUGUCAAAGGAUUCUCUUCAUUUGUCAAAACUUCUGUGUUGUAUGUGCAGUACUGUUAUGUUGUCAUCUGCUCAUCCGUAGACUGUUUAGCUGCCGCCCUUACCACCCGUAAAAUAGCGUGGGACAGUGAGCAACGAUGUGCGGACUGUAUCUGCUGGAAUGCUCACAUCUCUAGUGGGGCGACCGGGCGUGAAUAGGCACGUACGGUUGGUCAGCUACCAUGGUGCGACGGUCAGUGGUUGAAACGACGGUGCAAGUUUGUUCACUCGCUCCACUCCUCCCUGCCUCUGUCCACCCAAUCAGUGUCAAUGAGUUCCAUCACACAGUCGAACGACUGGUCUCGCGCGUGGUGGGGCUAAAGUGUGGGUGCUUCCACACCGCUUCCAGAGGGCCCUUCCCCUGGAUGGGCCCUCUAGAGAGGGGAUCCCUGUAGUGGGGACCCCUUCACCCAGCAGUGGCAUGAACCAAGUAAGCGCAGGGGCUGUGCCUUUGCUAUUUAAAGUCGCAAGACGGCAGAAUUACCACACGCGAUAGAGGGAAAGACGAGCUGAUGGUCAAGAACACAGCGUCUCGUGCACACAUGUCCACGGUCAUAAUUGAUAGCCAUGGAAUCAUUCUGAAUGCCUUACCCGGCCGCGGCGGGGCACCAACGAGUCUAGAUUGAACGCCAGCUGGAAUGUAACGCAUCAAGAGUGGAACGUCUACCACGGAGAUGGAGCCACGAAAGGGGCACGUGCGUGGAUGCUGGACCGGUUGUCAUAUCGCAGGAUCGCGAGAGGCCGCAAUGACACGGGGGAGGCUUUCAUCCAGCAGUGGAUUGACUGUGGCCAAUAAAGAUAAUAACGAUGGCGAAGAUGCCAAUGAUGACGAGGAAGGACAUCAAGGUGGGUGAGAGGACCAGGCUGAGGCAGGCCAAGCUACUUCAGAUCGGUGGUGGGUUGCUACGGGAGGCUGCAGCAGGCAAGGCACUGGAAGAGGUGAGCUGAGAUGAGACCACCAUGGGGUGGGUUUUGAGAUCUCACUCAAACACUGAAGCAAGCACCACGAGACACUCGCCAGAGCGUUGCCCUGUCUCCCACAAUGCACCGCGCGUUGCUUGACUUUGAAGCGCGCGGCAGAUAAUGAAGCAGUGGCGAUACGAACCCGCACUCUGACGGCACUCAUAAAGGUCGCGUGAUCGCAACUUUAAAAUGGAUAUAUUUUUGUUAUUUUCAUUCACAGAAUAUGCUUGUGUUGGGCGCCUCAACCUACACCGUGUUUUCUAUUCCCGGACAUGCAAAGUCACUUUCCUAACUUACGUUUUUAUCAUGUAAUUUAAGGAAAUAUUUCGUAAAUGGCAUGUAAAUGUGAUUUCGUUGUAUGUUUAUUUUUGUUAACACUAUUAUUCGUAAACAAUAGUAAAUAAUUAUAUAUAUGUGGGUGUAAGUUGGGUGAGGUGAGUGGCUCUCAAAUUGGCUCACCUUCCUCUUUUCUACUGCACAACCGAGCCGUACUAGGGCCGUGCCAAGCCACCUCGGCGUGGCUCAGGAUUGGCCUGGUGGUUUUUCCCACUGCAGAAGCCGAGCCCGUGCCGCUGACAUCACAAACAUCACUGGCCAUGACCCUGGCCCUGCUUGGCCUCAAGCCAGAUUGAAGUGCCAUUGCGAGUCCAGCUAUUUCACGUUCUGGUUCUGCUGGUGGGAGAAAAAAACUCGUGAAGUUAGGGGUCCCCGUCAAUGCCUCAAUUCGGAUGUGGCAGAUGGAAAAGGGAUAAAGGUUUUUUUUAAGUUAGCCCAGAGCCAGUUGUGGAAAUUCCAUAAAACCAAUAGUAGGAUUAUAGAGGAGCUUUAGUAGCAGCGCCAUUGAUGCUCUGGGUGCUAAACUAAAACUAAACAAUUUUUUUGUAUUUUUCCAGGUCAAGCCCACUGAGCUAUGUGUCUCUAUUUCAGACGCGACCUGGCCACAAAAAUCAAAGCUCAACGAAGUGGACUACCACGUGGAAAUUUAUAGCAGAAAAAUACUAUAAAUGGACGCUGAAUCUAAAUUUGGAGAACAUGCAAACUCCAAAUAUACAGAGGCGUUAGGGUCGAAAUUGAACCCAUGACCUCGUGUAUACUAAGCAAGGUAGUUAACAUCUCGCAACCGUGGUUUGAUUCUGGUGUCGGCCGCCCGUGAUUAAACCGGGCUGUAACGUAUAGCGGGUUCAUAUUCUUAGGUUUUUUCGGUAAAGUCACGUAGGUAAAAACAUCAAAAUUAAUAAAAAUAAAAUAAAAUAAAGAUCACGACGUUUCGGAGGCAACACAAGUCUCCGUCAUCAGGUGGGACCGUCACAGCCAGAUUAGCUGCAUCAAGUGAGGCAAGAUGUAAUCCCUUAAAAGCGAGUUGAGGGGGGGGAGCUCAUCAGAAUGUGGUAGCCAAUGAAUGGAACGUAUCGGGAGGGAGGGGGCGGGGCCAAAAGGGUGGGCGAUGGCGUGGAAGCGAUUGUGCGCAAGCGACUAACUGCUGCACAACGCCAACGCAUUGGACAGAGAGGGGGGAGGGGGAGGCCUGAUACACAUGAUAGAAAAGAACGAAAAUGCCCAUGUUUAUACCAAUGCUGGCUGAACAAUGAAGAGAUUACUGUUAAACACUGGGGAUGUUAACACUCGGUAAAGUAAAGUAAAAUAGUGCCUGUCAGAUAAGAUGGUCCAAAAAAGUGUAAUCAAGUCUUUUUUGCGUGGUUAAUAACAUCUUUCCAAUGAUUACUAAGUUUGUACCCAUCAUCACGGUUGAAAUUAUGUCUGUGUUUGUAUAUUUGUAUGGCUUCGUGUACAAACCUUUGAUGGUAGCCAGGAGGUUUGCAGAGAACCUUGGUCUCGGAAAAGACAAUUUCAUGAGAGCCCACCGAGUUGUAGCAAUGAUCGGCAACGGCCGAAGAAUCAGUUCUGCCGUGUUUCAGAUCUGACUUGUGCUCGCGGACACGAUCAGCAACAUGACGUUUCGUUUCUCCAAUGUAGCAAUCACCACAAAUGCAACUCAAUUUGUAGACUCCAGGAUACUGUAAGUCAGGAACGACAUCCUUCACAGAUGGAAUCAGAUCACGGAUUUUAUGCACUGUACUGAAUCGGACUUGGAUCUUAUGUUUGUUUAGAAUUUUGGAGAUCUUUUUGGUCACGCCUGCUAUGUAUGGCAACGUGAUAGUUUUGGUCGGAGUUUCAAAACUAUCACGUUACCAUACAUAGCAGGCGUGACCAAAAAGAUUUAAUUUUUAUCAAUUUUGAUGUUUUACCUACGUGACUUUACCGAAAAAACCUAAGAAUAUGAAUCCUUGCAGUCACGAAAGCUUCAAAUCUAGAAGUAUAGCGGGUUUAUGUUCUCAGACCGGGCACCAAAUAUUGCACGAAAAUAUUUUAAUUUCAGCUUUGUUACAUAAUUUACUUCUUAAAGAAACUAGACCUUCAUUGAAAGAGCCAGGGGAACACAGCGUUGAGAAGCACCCUCUUGUAUUGGCUGAGAUGGGCCCCUAUAUAGCACCCCUAUUUUGGCGGACACUAUUGGAUGACUACUCGAAUGUAUGUAUGUUGAACUUCUAUCGCAUCAUACGUAGCUAACCGUGAUAAUCGUGCUAUUGGGGCGGCCCCUAUUGGGGUGACCCUAUUGAGGCGGCCCCUACUAAGGCGACCACUAUUGGGUCGACUCUAUUGGGGCAGCCCUAUUGGAGUGAGCAUAUUGGGGCGGCCUCUAUUGGAGCGACGAUAUUCGGGUGACCCCUUUGUAGCGACCCUAUUUGGAUGGCGCCUAAUGUGGCGGGCCCUAUUGGGAUGGCCCCUAUUGAGACGACCCGAUCGGAGUGACUCUGUUGUAUCGUGACUGAACGUGAGGCCCUGGCUGGACACGAGGCCCUCGCAGGAUGCGGGAGUUCCAGGAGGAGGUCUCAUCCUGCUAACGACGCUCAUGACGACAGCACCACUGUCACGAGACUGCACGUUCAACGUCGAUGCGGAAACUUUGAAGUAGAUUUAUCAUUUCUUGUUUUCGCUACAGUGAAGCUAACGUUGUGUUGCUUCGUUCAAUGUUAAACUUAGCCAAUGUGCCGAGCCACGGAUCUGCGUUUUGCUUCAGCCUUGGAAGUAGUUGCAAAUGCACGUUAUUAUCUUUUUAAUAUUAUUUAGAUUAUAGUAAGGGGAGGGAUUUUGUUACGUAUCAUUGGAAGGUGAUCUCUGUAUUUGUGUGCAAAAUUAACACAACUAUAUAAAGUCACGUUCCAACAUUUAAUCGUGUUCGAGAAGUUACACCUUUUAUCGUUACUUAUGUACCUGGGGGAGCCACACUGAGAUCGACCCACUUCUGGAGGGUGCUGCUGCAUUGGGUUGUUUGGCUAGCACGGGUGGCAUUGUGUGUCGGGAGUAAACCGGAGCCCCUACGUGGCUGUUUAUCUCAUGGUCAGGUCACCUCUUUUCCUUUUUAUUAUCAUUAUUGUUUAUGUACGCGUCGCACUGUCUUCAUGCGCAAAUUCUCGACUAAUAAAUGAAUCUGUUUUAACUGUC